AUGGCACAGAGUGGAAACGGAGCAACAAGUGAGAGUGAUGUUACAUCACUUGGUACCGGACAAGAGCUGAACUUUGAUGAUGACACACUGAAAGGUAAAGAUUCUUACAACUGUUAAUAGUGUAUCACAAAAAGGCCUUUAACAUAGAAAUAUAAGGAGAAAUGAAAUAAAAGAUACAGAAAGGAAAAAAACCGUCAUUUGAAACAUUCAACAUACGGAAGUGGUUAAAGAGUCAAAGUCGUUAAACUUUAUCUUUACUGAAGGUGGUUUUUUAACUUUUUAUCUAGAUUAGGCUUUUCCUAGAAUCAAUUGUGGUCGAGUUUACCACUUGUGACAAAAUGAAUGGCUGUUUUGGUACUAGUGCUUUAUAUACAAGUGAAGAUAAUGUCAAUUUACAGCUUUAUACUCAUUUUCCCAGAUCAAACCAUUAUGGCACAGAGUGGAAACGGAGCAGCAAGUGAGGGUGAUGUUACAUCACUUGGUACGGGACAAGAGCUGAACUUUGAUGAUGACACAUUGAAAGGUAAAUAGUGUAUUACCAAAAGGCCUUUAACAUAGAAAUUUAAGGAGAAAUGAAAUAAAAGAUACAGAAAGGAAAAAAAAACGUCAUUUGAUAACAUUCAACAUACGUAAAGACUGAAAGUGGUUAAACAUUAUCUCCACUGAAGGUGUUUUUUAUUUUUUAUCUACAGAUUAAACUUUUUCUAAAAUUUGUGGUCGAUGAAUUCGUUUUCCUUACGGAUUCACCAUUACAUAUAGCCCUGCAUGUGUCUCGGGAAGGGGAGAGUGUAGUCGAGUGUUACACUUUAUUGCCUUACAUUGAGAAAUUUUGCGGUAUCAUUGUGUUUGGCAAAUUUUCAUGCGGUACUUAUGUAAUUGUGGUCUUUAAUUCUAAUAUUGAUCAUCGCCGUCACUUGAAAUCCGGAGUACCUCCACUGGAGUUUCGUUCCACCCCAAAUUUCUUAAUCGAAAGUUUUGCUUAUGACGUACUUCAUAACAGCAAAACAGAUUCGUGUUUUCCCCAUUUAGGAAAAAAAAAACAGAGAGAGAGAGAGAGAACGAGCCCAUGCGGAUUUAUUAAAGACGGUCAUUCCAUCUAAGACAGACUUUCCAUCAUGACUUGUGGUCCUUUAGCACAAAUUUUAAAACUCGUCCUUAAUUAGCCGGGUCCACUAAAGACAAGCUUCUUAAUUCAAAUGGUUUUCCUUCUCGAAAACUGAAUCAGUUCAGCAAAUAGACCUUCGCUUAAUCCUCGCAAUUCAAUUUUCUUGCCAUUCAAAACAUUCAAUUAAUUUUUGCGAUUUUUUUUAUCACGGUAGUUCUUAUUUUAUUUAUCAAAAGUGCGAACAAAGCUUUUCCCACAGCAAGUUUCAGGGGGUAUUCCCGGUUUAAAGUGACGUGGAUGUUCGAAUGGGAGCAAAAUUCAAAAGCCCAAAAAAUCCCUGGACCAAAAAAUUACCACACCCCCCCCCCCCCCCCAAAAAAAAAAAAAAAAAAAAAAUCCCAUACACAACUACACGGCCGGAAUAAGCAAGCAAACCACGAAUAACAAUUUUCAGUUAAAUCAAGCCAGCCGACAAAAUUUUUGCCAAAUUUUCCUUAGCUACCCCAAGAAAAUCCCGAAAUCGAAAAUUUCAAACCCAAGAAAUUAUUCGAUCAAACUCGUCACUUGAAAUCCAGAGUGCUACUCAGGUUUCGAUCCACCCCAAUUUCGAAAAUCGAGAGUUUUGCUUAUGACGUACUUGAUAACAGCAAAACAGAUUGUCGAAUACGAAGCUUAAUUGGAGAGACCUACAAGAAAAACAGAAACAACCACGAAUGGGAAAAGAACCAAGUAUCCUGUAUUUUUUGGAAACCGAAAUACACUCAACUCGAAAACGAAGAACCCUCAACUCCGGUGAAAGGGCCUGCAAUCAACUAAAAUGGGUCAGUAAAUUUGAAGUGUGACCAUCCCCUUUAGGCAUUUGCGUUGCCUCUAGGCUCUUUUGCCCACUGCACCGUGAGGCAUUUGGAAUCAAACGUCUGUCUCGGGGAGGGGAGACUAUAGUAGAGUGUUACAUUUUAUCACCUUACAUUGAGAAAGUUUGCGGCAUUAUUGUGUUUGCCAAAUUUUCAUGCGGUACUUCUGUAAUUGUGGUCUUGAAUUCCGAUAUUUUGGUAUAUUUAAACAUGCGGAAUUUUUUGUUAUUGGCUAGGCGAUUUUUAGCGUCGUUGUGUCCAAUUUUUCGAUUUUUCAUUGCUGUGUUACGGUGUUCGGUAUACCCCUAGCCGCUCUUCAACUUUGUUUUGCGCAUGCGUAUACUUCUGCUACAAGACCGGCUUUCAUAGUGUGAUACCGUGACCAGUUGCGGUUUUAGAAAAGUGUACACUUUUAGUGCCAAACAAUAUUUCCAUGAUAAUGUGUUAUGCGGUUAAUCCCAUCAACAGAAAUAAUUAGAAAGGCAUUUAUAAUAAAGGAUGCUGAUAUCCUAUAGCUCAGCCACAGCACCUUCACAUUUUACCGUUUAUUAUUAUAAUUAUUAUAACUAUCAUAUUAUUAUUAUUAUUAUUACUAUUUGAAAAGUUUGUUUAAGUGUUAAUCCAAUCUUAAGUUUCUGUCAUUUUCAAAGUAAGAAAAGUGUUGUUGUUGAUGUGGUCAUAGCAGCCAAACAUCUUUUCUUUUUUGUUAGUUCAAUAACGACACAGCAGUUCAAUAAGUAGACAACAGAUCAAUAACCACACCAGUGGUUCAAUGACUACACAUCAGUUCAUUGAGCGUAAACUACAUGCAGCUGCGGGAAGAAUAGCCACAAAUACGUUAGUUAUUUUUUAAUAAGAAUGCAUAGCAUUAAGUAAGUGGUAAAUACUCAUUUAGCUAUGGUACGAGAACUAAAUAGAUAAAUAGCUAUGUUACACUGUUAUUAAGUACUAGUGAGCUCACUAAUAUAGACGGGAACAUAGACUGAUGUUAUUUAAAAUUUUAGUCCGCUCAGAAGGUCUGUCAUUCUCAUCAGGGGCACAGUGAACAGACCUGGAAAGAGAGUCAGCGCCGAAAGGGUAAAGCCAAAUCGGUCCGGAGAAAACUUCAACUAAAUAACCCGACAACGCGCGCGUUAAUAAAGCAGAAAAAAUACAGUUAACCGUGGAUGAAAUCAAUCUUGUUUUUUGACUCUCUUUCCGCACGUUUCAAACCGUGGUACCACAGCUGGCCCUACGUGCUUUAAGUAGCAAACCGAAUUUAAAUACUUAACAGUGUUUUUAUCACGAAUUUUCAUCAACAAAGUAUUACCAAUAACGAAACCUGUUCCAAAUUAUGACGAUUAUCCCAUUAAGUUCUUUAAAGCUAAAAGUAAACUUUACCGAAUUUCACUUCCACCAAAAAGAAACAAUAUGUUUAUAAGGAUUAUUGCUGCAAUUGACUCCUGGUACUGUAACCCCCUGCUGCUACUAAGUCGUUUAACUGGGGUAACAAAAAAUAACUGCAAAAAUCGUCGCUCUGAAUCUGAAACUGAAUCAGCUACCGACAUUGUCGAAAAGUGUGUUCGCAAUAGUUGGUUACUAGGGUGGCCUGAGCGACUGGGCUACUGAAUUCUGGAAAGCAGUUUCAUGCCUUAAUUGAAAGCUCAACAAAAGAGUGAAUCAGAUUACGUGUCCUGUUGUUUGAAAAUUACUUCACGCAUUUCUUAACUGCCUGCCACAUACUUUUGAUUGAUUUGCUCAGUCAAUAAACGUUUUAUACUAAUGUGAGUUUACCACUUGGCAAAAUGAAUGGUUGUUUUGGUAACAGUGCAAAUACAAGUGAAGUUAAUAUUAAUUUAAAGCUUUAUACUGAUUUCUCCAGAUCAAACCAUUAUGGCACAGAGUGGAAACGGAGCAGCAUGUGAGAGUGAUGUUACAUCACUUGGUACCGGACAAGAGCUGAACUUUGAUGAUGACACACUGAAAGGUAAAGAUUCUUACAACUGUUAAUAGUGUAUCACCAAAAGGCCUCUAAUAUAGCAAACUAAGGACAAAUAAGAUAAAAUUUAAAAAAAGACAAAAAACCGUCAUUUGAAAACAUUCAACAUACGGAAGUGGUUAAAGAGUCAAAGUCGACAGUAUCUCCACUAAAAGUGGGUUUUUCAUUUUCUUUUUUUCUAUCUAGAUUAGGCUUUUCGCAAAAUUUCUUUUCGAGUUUAUCACUUAUGGCAUAAUGAAUGGUUGUUUUGGUACUAGUGCUUUAUAUACAAGUAAAGAUAGUGUCAAUUUACAGCUUUAUACUGAUUUUUCCAGAUCAAACUAUUAUGGCACAGAGUGGAAACGGAGCAGCAAGUGAGAGUGAUGUUACAUCACAUGGUACCGCACAAGAGCUGAACUUUGACGACGACACAGUAAAAGGUAAAGAUUCUUACAACUGUUAAUACCGUAUCACCAGAAGGCCUUAAAGAUUACAAACUGAGGACAGAUGAAAUAGAAUAUACAAAAAAGACAAAAAACCGUCAUUUGAAAUUAUUCAACAAACGGAAGUGGUUAACGAGGCAAAGUCGUUAAACAGUAUCUCUACUAAAGGUGUUUUUCUCAUUUUUUAUCUAGAUUAGGCUUUUCGUAGAAUUUGUGGUCGAGUUCAACACUUGUGGCAUAAUAAAUGGAUGUUUUGGUACUGGUGCUUUAUAUACAAGUAAAGAUAAUGUCAAUUUAUAGCUUUAUAGUGAUUUUCCAGAUCAAACCAUUAUGGCACAGAGUGGAAACGGAGCAGCAAGUGAGGGUGAUGUUACAUCACAUGGUACCGGACAAGAGCUGAACUUUGAUGAUGGCACACUGAAAGGUAACGAUUCUUAAAACUGUUAACAGUGUUUCACAAAAAGGCCUUUAAUAUAGCAAACUAAGGACAAAUAGAAUAACGACAAAAAAAUCGGCAUUUGAUAACAUUCAACGUUUGAUACAUGAAGACCGAAAGUCGUUAAACAUUAUCUCCCCUGAAGGUGUUUUUUUUUUUUUAAUCUAAUAUUAGUUAAUACUAGUUAAUACUAGUUAAUACUAAUUUAGAGCUUUUUGCCGAUUUUUCCAGAUCAAACCAUCAUGGCACAGAGUGGAAGCGGAGCAGCAUGUGAGAGUGAUGUUACAUCACUUGGUACCGGACAAGAGCUGAAUUUUGAUGAUGACACACUGAAAGGUAAAGAUUCUUACAACUGUUAAUAGUGUAUCACCAAAAGGCCUCUAAUAUAGCAAACUAAGGACAAAUGAAAAAAAAUUUAAAAAAAGACAAAAAACCGUCAUUUGAAAACAUUCAACAUACGCAAGUGGUUAAAGAGUCAAAGUCGACAGUAUCUCUACUAAAGGUGGGUUUUUCAUUUUUUUUUUAUUUUCUAGAUUAGGCUUUUCGUAAAAUUUCUUUUCGAGUUUAUCACGUGUGGCAUAAUUAAUGGUUAUUUUGGUACUAGUGCUUUAUAUACAAGUAAAGAUAGUGUCAAUUUACAGCGUUAUACUAAUUUUUCCAGAUCAAACCAUUAUGGCACAGAGUGGAAACGGAGCAGAAAGUGAGAGUGAUGUUACAUCACAUGGUACCGGCCAAGAGCUGAACUUUGAUGAUGACACAGAGAAAGGUAAAGAUUCUUACAACUGUUAAUAGUGUAUCACCAAAAGGCAUUUAAUGUAGCAAACUAAGGACAGAUGACAUAAAAUUUUGAAAAAGACAAAAAACCGUCAUUUGAAAUUAUUCAACAAACGGAAGUGGUUAACGAGGCAAAGUCGACGGUAUCUCUACUAAAAGUGGGUUUUUCAUUUUCUUUUUUUUUAUGUACAUUAGGCUUUUCGCAGAAUUUCUUUUCGAGUUUAUCACUUAUGGUAUAAUGAAUGGUUGUUUUGGUACUAGUGCUUUAUAUACAAGUAAAGAUAGUGUCAAUUUACAGCUUUAUACUGAUUUUUCCAGAUCAAACUAUUAUGGCACAGGUUGGAAACGGAGCAGUAAGUACGAGUGAUGUUACAUCACAUGGUACCGGACAAGAGCUGAACUUUGACGAUGACACACUAAAAGGUAAAGAUUUUUACAACUGUUAAUACUGUAUCACCAGAAGGCCUUAGGACAGAUGAAAUAGAAUAUACAAAAACGACAGAAAACCGUCAUUUGAAAUUAUUCAACAAACAGAACUGGUUAAAGAGUCAAAUUCGUUAAACAGUAUCUCUACUGAAGGUGGUUUUUUCAUUUUUUAUCUAGAUUAGGCUUUUCGUAGAAUUUGUGAUCGAGUUUAUCAUUUGUGGCAUAAUGAAUGGAUGUUUUGGUACUGGUGCUUUAUAUACAAGUGAGGAUAAGGUCAAUUUAUAGCUUGAUACUGAUUUUCCAGAUCAAACCAUUAUGGCACAGAGUGGAAACGAAGCGGCAAUUGAGAGUGAUGUUACAUCACAUGGUACCGGACAAGAGCUGAACUUUGAUGAUGACACACUGAAAGGUAAAGAUUCUUAUAACUGUUAAUAGUGUAUAACCAAAAGGCCUUUAACAUGAGAAAUUUAUGGAGAAAUGAGUCAAAAGAUACCGAAAGGAAAAAACCGUCAUUUGAUAACAUUCAACAUUUGAUACAUGAAGACUAAAAGUAGUUAAACAUUAUAUCCACUGAAGGUUAUUUUUAUUUUUUAUCUAAUAUUAGUUAAUACUAGUUAAUAGUAGUUAAUAUUAAUUUAAAGCUUUUUGCCGAUUUUUCCAGAUCAAACCAAUAUGGCACAGGGUGGAAACGGAGCAGCAUGUGAGAGUGAUGUUACAUCACUUGGUACCGGACAAGAGCUGAAUUUUGAUGAUGACACACUGAAAAGUAAAGAUUCUUACAACUGUUAAUAGUGUAUCACCAAAAGGCCUCUAAUAUAGCAAACUAAGGACAAAUGAAAUAAAAUUUAAAAAAAGACAAAAAACCGUCAUCUGAAAACGUUCAACAGACGGAAGUGGUUAAAGAGUCAAAGUCGACGGUAUCUCUACUAAAAGUGGGUUUUUCAUUUUCUUUUUUUUAUGUACAUUAGGCUUUUCGCAGAAUUUCUUUUCGAGUUUAUCACUUAUGGCAUAAUGAAUGGUUGUUUUGGUAUUAGUGCUUUAUAUACAAGUAAAGAUAGUGUCAAUUUACAGCUUUAUACUGAUGUUUCCAGAUCAAACUAUUCUGGCACAGGUUGGAAACGGAGCAGUAAGUAAGAGUGAUGUUACAUCACAUGGUACCGGACAAGAGCUCAACUUUGACGAUGACACACUAAAAGGUAAAGAUUCUUACAACUGUUAAUACUGUAUCACCAGAAGGCCUUAGGACAGAUGAAAUAAAAUAUACCAAAAAAAAAAACCGUCAUUUGAAAUUAUUCAACAAACAGAAGUGGUUAAAGAGUCAAAGUCGUUAAACAGUAUCUCUACUGAAGGUGGUUUUUUCAUUUUUUAUCUAGAUUAGGCUUUUCCUAGAAUUUGUGAUCGAGUUUAUCAUUUGUGGCAUAAUGAAUGGAUGUUUUGGUACUGGUGCUUUAUAUACAGGUGAGCAUAAGGUCAAUUUAUAGCUUUAUACUGAUUUUCCAGAUAAAACCAUUAUGGCACAGAGUGGAAACGGAGGGGCAAUUGAGAGUGAUGUUACAUCACAUGGUACCGGACAAGAGCUGAACUUUGAUGAUGACACACUGAAAGGUAAAGAUUCUUACUACUGUUAAUACUGUAUCACCAUAAGGCCUUAAAGGUUACAAACUAUGGACAGAUGAAAUAAAAUAUACAAAAAAGACAAAAAACCGUCAUUUGAAAUUAUUCAACAAACGGAAAUGGUUAAAGAGGCAAAGUAGUUAAACAGUAUCUCUACUGAAGGUGGUUUUUUCAUUUUUUAUCUAGAUUAAUAUUAGGCUUUUCGUAGAAUUUGUGAUCGAGUUUAUCACUUGUGGCAUAAUGAAUGGCUGUUUUGGUACUGGUGCUUUAUAUACAAGUAAAGAUAGUGUCAAUUUACAGCUUUAUACUGAUUUUUCCAGAUCAAACUAUUAUGGCACAGAGUGGAAACGGAGCAGCAAGUGAGAGUGAUGUUACAUCACAUGGUACCGGACAAGAGCUGAACUUUGAUGAUGACACACUGAAAGGUAAAGAUUCUUACAACUGUUAAUACUGUAUCACCAAAAGGCCUUUAAUAUAGCAAACUAAGGACAAAUAGAAUAACGACAAAAAAUCGUCAUUUGAUAACAUUCAACGUUUGAUACAUGAAGACUGAAAGUCGUUAAACAUUAUCUCCACUGAAGGUGUUUUUUAUUUUUUAUCUAAUAUUAGUUAAUACUAGUUAAUAUUAAUUUAGAGCUUUUUACCGAUUUUUCCAGAUCAAACCAUUAUGGCACAGAGUGGAAACGGAGCAGCAUGUGAGAGUGAUGUUACAUCACUUGGUACCGGACAAGAGCUGAAUUUUGAUGAUGACACACUGAAAGGUAAAGAUUCUUACAACUGUUAAUAGUGUAUCACCAAAGGGCCUUAAAUAUAGCAAACUAAAGGAAAAUGAAAUAAAAUACACAAAAAAGAAAAAGAACCGUCAUUUGAAAUUAUUCAAGAUACGGAAGUGGUUUAAGAGUGAAAGUCGUUAAAGAGUAUCUCUACUGAAGGUAGUUUUUUAAUUUUUUAUCUAGAUUAGACUUUUCCUACAAUCAGCUGUGGUCGAUUUUGCGACUUGUAGCAAAAUGAAUGGCUGUUUUCGUACCAGUACUUUAUAUACAAGUGAAGAUAAUGUCAAUUUACAGCUUUAUACUAAUUUUUCCAGAUCAAACCAUUAUGGUACAGAGUGGAAACGGAGCAGCAAGUGAGAGUGAUGUUACAUCACAUGGUACCGGACAAGAGCUGAACUUUGAUGAUGACAUACUAAAAAGUAAAGAUUUUUACAACUGUUUAAAAGUGUAUCACCAAAAGACCUUUAACAUGAGAAAUUUAAGGGGAAACGAAAUAAAAGAUACAGAAAGGAAAAAAACCGUCAUGUGAUAACAUUCAACAUUUGAUGCAUGAAGACUGAAAGUCGUUAAACAUUAUCUCCACGGAAGGUGUUUUUUAUUUUUUAUCUAAUAUUAGUUAAUACUAGUUAAUACUAGUUAAUAUUAAUUUAAAGCUUUUUACCGAUUUUUCCAGAUCAAACCAUUAUGGCACAGGGUGGAAACGCAGCAGCAUGUGAGAGUGAAGUUUCAUCACUUGGUACCGGACAAGAGCUGAACUUUGAUGAUGACACACUGAAAGGUAAAGAUUCUUACAACUGUUAAUAGUGUAUCACCAAAGGACCUUUAAUAUAGCAAACUAAUGACAAAUAAAAUAAAAUAUGCAAAAAUGACAAAAAAUCGUCAUUUGAAAACAUUCAACAAACGGAAGUGGUUAAAGAGUCAUAGUCGUUAAACAGUAUCUCUACUGAAAGUAGUUUUUUAAAUUUUUAUCUAGAUUAGACUUUUCCUAGAAUCAUUUGAGGUCGAUUUUACGACUUGUAGCAAAAUGAAUGGCUGUUUUCGUACUAGUACUUUAUAUACAAGUGAAGAUAAUGUCAAUUUACAGCUUUAUACUGAUUUUUCCAGAUCACACCAUUAUGGUACAGAGUGGAAACGGAGCAGCAAGUGAGAGUGAUGUUACAUCACAUGGUACCGAACAAGAGCUGAACUUUGAUGAUGACACACUGAAAGGUAAAGAUUCUUACAGCUGUUAAUAGUGUAUCACCAAAAGGCCUUUAACAUGAGAAAUUUAGGGAGAAAUGAAAUAAAAGAUACAGAAAGGAAAAAAAAACGUCAUUUGAUAACAUUUAACAUUUGAUACAUCAAGACUGAAAGUCGUUAAACAUUAUCUCCAGUGAAGGUGUUUUUAUUUUUUAUCUAGAUUAAACUUUUUCUACAAUUUGUGCUCGAUGAAUUCGUUUUUCUUGCGGAUUCACCAUUACAUAUAGCCCUGCAUCUGUCUCGGGGAGGGGAGAGUAUAGUAGAGUGUUACAUUUUAUCGCCUUUCAUUGAGAAAUUUUGCGGUAUUAUUGUGUUUGGCAAAUUUUCAUGCGGUACUUAUGGAAUUGUAGUCUUUAAUUUUCAUAUUGUGGUAUUUUCAGACAUGGGGAAUCUUUUUUUCAUUGGCUCGGCGAUUUAAUUUUUGGCAUGGUUUUGUUGAAUUCGCCGAUUUUUCUUCUCGGUGUUACGGUGUUCCGUCCCUUACCAAACCAUAUGUAUUUUGAAACUGAUUUUAAAGUGUUUAAAAUGUAUUUUCAGUAUUUGAAUACUAUUUUCCUGUAUUUUAAUCCUAUUUGACAAAAAAAUUUAAAUUUUCGCCCCUGUUUGGAAUAUAUCUUAAGUGUAGUUAAAUUAUAUUUCAUCAAAAGGAAAACCUCUCUCAUCAAUUUACAAUGUAUUUUGUUUAAUAAAUAUGAUUAAAAUAGGGUAUUUCAAAUGUAUUUUGGGCAUAGAACCACUAACACUGUUACAAACAGAGUUCAAAUAGACUAUUUGAAAUAUGUUUUAAGGGCUUAAAUGCGACUGUUUUUUAAAUACUUUUAAAUAGGGUGCUUUAACACUGUUUUGAGUUGCAUCUACAAUGUAUUUUGAGGCGCAUCCACUCACAAAGUUACAAACAUAAUUCAAAUAGACUAUUUAAAAUAUGUUUUGAGAGCCUAAAUGCUGACCGUAUCUUAAAUACUUUUAAAUAGGGUACUUUAACACUGUUUUGAGUUGUAUCGAAAAUGUAUUUUGAGACGCAUCCACUCACAAAGUUACAAACAGAGUUCAAAUAGACUAUUUGAAAUAUGUUUUAAGUCCUUAACUACUGACCGCAUUUCAAAUACUUUUAAAUAGGGUACUUAAACACUGUUUUGAGGUCUAUUUGAAUUGUAUUUUGGGCACACAACACUCUGACUAUAAAAACAGAUUGUAUACAUAAAAUAUUUAAAGUCUGCUGAAAGACAUCAAAUGCUGACCUUAUUUUAAAUACUUUAAAAUAGGGUACUUAUUACUUAAAAUUAUUGAGGUGCAAUAUUGUAAUGUAUUUUGGGAUACUUAUACUCAGACUAUAAAAGUAACAAUUGCACAAAGUUAAUUUUUAAGCCUUCAUCAUGUCACGAACUCAUAAAUGACUCAAAACAAGCUGUCAUAUUGUGGACCGGAUUCUUCUCUCAAUAAAGCUCGAGGCGGAGCCAAAAAUUAAAUCUCCCAGCAAAUCAAAAAGAAAUUGAAAAAAGAGAAGAAAAUUAGGAAUAGAUUUUAGCUUUGACUGACAACACGUAACUGUGACAGUGUGCCGGUAAAGGAUCAAUCCGUUCCUCAAUGUUCAUUACCUGCAAGCUCUCUGCGAAAAUCUCCGCCUAGAUUUUAGCCGUGAUUCAAUUAAUGCAGCUACGGGACAUUCCAUAAGUUUUUUUAAAAGAAAAUUCUUAAAAUCACAUUUUAAUUUUCAUGAAGAAAUUUUUCGCAAACAGCCGAAGCCGCGGGCCGAGAACCGGAUGCACGCGGUCAAUUGAGAUUUGUCUAAAAUAAGUCCUUGAAAUUUCAUAAUAAUUAAAACAAACCAUCCAAGCUAAGAUCUCACCUCGUAUAUAUUGCACUAAGAAACAACGCUCAGAUCUGAAUAAACUCCGACAUAUGGUUAUCUUUCUCUCAUAGACUAUUCCCCACAUGCAUGGCAUAUUAUUUUUGAGAUGUCACGCGCGACUGAAAUCACGACUUCGCGCCGCGGUGAUGUGACAAAUGCACGUGAUAAGCAAACCGUCCUUUGUCCUUUGCUCAUUUCAAAUUAUUGAACCGGGCGGUUGCUGUGAGCUUAAAUGCGCUUGAUUUUACUGUUUGUUACGAUCUUACAAAAGUACACUCCAACUCUGCGGAUUGUCGGAACACGUAGAUGUUGCUUUUAUCACGAAUCAAAAAUGGUUAUGACUCCUCAGCGACUGUUAUGUACUUUGGAAGGUUCUGGUUCAGGAGAAGAGUCCAAGAGUCUAAUUGUAAGUAUUAAAUAUACAAUGUUACUAAGACGCUUAGAUAUACGCCAUAUGAGAAACAAAUGAAGGGUAGUAAACAUUUAUAUAGUCGCGCCCGUACGGCAAUUUUACUUUUUACAGGGUUCCUUGCAGAGACUCGCUGUUUUGUAUAAAUGAUCUCAGUCACUUGAUGUCACGUCACCGGCCUCUUUCAUUCUCGCGUAAAUUUAUUCGUAUGCUGUUCUUUAUCAGCCACUAAUUAAUGUUCAGGCGUAGCCUGCAUUAAGCUUCUGAUGAUAUUUGAGUAAAGCCGUGAAUAUAAUAAACAAUGUAAGUUACAUGCAUGUAGAUAAAAUAUUUACCGGUAACGUCAGUAACGUUAUACCCUUUUGAAGCCAAAGGUUGAUAGCCUGUGUACAUAACCCCCCACCCCUCCCCUCCGAGUUUUAUUGAGGGAAGGGGUCUGUACACAGGCUAAAGAUUGAUUUGAGCAUUUCUGAAAAAUUCCAUAAGAAUUUCCCGAGAAUUCUUAGGGAAAUCAACGUAAAGUAAUCGGCUAAGAGAUAAUUCUCUUGAAGUCCUAGCCUAGGACUGUGUGGAGAAAUUUCGCCGAGGUAAAUCUUGCUUUUUCAGGGUAAUUUUCGACGGUUUUGUAUUCAUUUUAUUUCAUGAAUUUAAAUGGUAUUUCCAUCCUGUUUUUGUACUAUUUUUAUGCUCUUUCGACCGAUUUUUAUACUGUUUUCAGACAACUCUAAGGCUAUGUUCUUACAAUUUUAUCCUGUUUUUGCAUUUUUGCAUCCUAUUUUUGAUGUAUUUAAUUCAUAAUAUAUGUGUGCUAUUGCUUUUCUUCUUCUGUGGUAUUUUAAUACUGUUUUCAAAGUAUUUUCAUUGUAUUUGCAAAUACGAGUAUUUUACUAAAUUUCGAAACCGAUUAAACAGCUAUUAAAAUAUAUUUUGAAGCAUAACAUUUUAAUAGCGUUUUAAACAGGUUAAAACACCUUUAAAAUCAGUCGAAAAAUAUAUCAAAAAUAUAUUUUUGUACCUAUUUUAAACCUGUUUUUUUCAAAAUACGUUUAAAAUUGCCAUUAAAAAUAGUUUUAAAAUAGUAUAGUAAAUUAAAAUAUGUUUUUGAAACUGUUUUUAUCCUGUUUUUAUUCCGAUUUAUAAGGUAUUUAAAAACUGUUUUUGACCUGUUUUGAGCCUUGCAAAAGCCCUGGAAUUUUUUAUAUAUUUUAAAAGCAUUUUAAAAUACUUUAAAAAUUCUUUUUUAAUAGCGUUUUAAACAGGUUAAAACACCUUUAAAAGCAGUCGAAAAAUACAUUAAAAAUACACUUUUUACCCUAUUUAAAACCUAUUUCACAAAACAGGUUAAAAACAGUUUUCAAAAAUAGCUUAAAAAUACAUUCAAAACAGUGUUGGAUUUGGUAAGGGGUAUACCCCUAGUCGCUCUUUAAUCUUAUUUUUUUGGGCAUGCGUAUACUUCUGCUACAAGACCGGCUUUAAUAGCGUGAUAUUGUGCCCAGUUGCGGUUUUAGAAAGGUUUACCAAACAAUAUUUCCAUGAUAAUUUGUUAUGCGUUUGAACCCACCAAAAGAAACAAUUAGUAAGGCAUUUAUAUUAACGGAUGCUGAAAUCCUAUGGUGCAGCCACAGCACCUGCACAUUGUACCAUUUAUAAUUAUAGUUCUUAUAACUAUUAUUUUAUUCUUAAUAUUAUUACUAUUUGAAAAGGUUAUUUUAGCUUUAAUCCAAUCUUAACUUUUUGUAGUUUUGAAAGUAAGAACAGUGUUGGUGUUGAUGUGGUCAUAGCAGCCAAGGCAUCUUUAAGUAGCAAACCGAAUUUAUAUACUUAACAAUGUUUUUAUCAGGAAGUAUUACCAAUAACGAAAGCUGUUGCAAAUUAUGAUGAUUAUCCCCUUAAGUUCUAGAAAGCUAAAAGUAAACUUACCGAGUUUAACUUGCACCAAAAAGAAACAAUAUGUUUAUAAGGAUUAUUGCUGCAAUUGUCUCCUGAUUCUGUUUUCAAAUAUGAUUCUGUCACGUGUUACUGAAGUGGUACUGCAACUCCCUGCUGCUACUAAGUCGAUUAACUAGGGAAACAAAAAAACAACUGCAACAACCGUCGCUCUGAAUCUGAAACUGAAUCAGCCACCGAGAUUGUCGAAAAGUGAGUUGGCAAUGGCUGGUUACUAGGGUGGCCUGAGCGACUGAGCUACUAAAUUCUGGAAAACAGUUUCGUGUCUUGAAUGAAAGCACAAUGGAAAAUUGAAUCAGAUUACGUGUACUGUCCUGUUGUUUGAAAAUUACUUCACCACGCAUUUCAUGACUGCCUGCCACAGAAUUUUGAUUGAUUUGGUCAGUCAAUAAAAGUUUUAUACUAAUGUGAGUUUACCGCUUGUGGCAAAAUGAAUGGUUGUUUUGGUAACAGUGCUUAUACAGAUGAAGUGAAGUUAAUAUCAGUUUAAAGCUUGUUCCCGAUUUUUCCAGAUCAAACCAUUAUGGCACAGAGUGGAAACGGAGCAGCAUUUGAGAGUGAUGUUACAUCACUUGGUACCGGACAAGAGCUGAAUUUUGAUGAUGACACACUAAAACGUAAAGAUUCUUACAACUGUUAAUACUGUAUCACCAAAAAGCAUUUAAUAUAGCAAACUAAGGGGAAAUGAAAUAAAAUAUACAAAAAAGACAAAAAACCGUCAUUUGAAACAGGCAUUCAACAUACGGAAGUGGUUAAAGAGUCAAAGUCGUUAAACAGUAUCUCUACUGGAGGUGGUUUUUUAACUAUUUAUCUAGAUUAGGCUUUUCGUAGAAUUUGUGGUCGAGCCACUUGUGGCAAAAUGAAUGGCUGUUUUGGUACUAAUGCUUUAUAUACAAGUGAAGAUAAUGUCAAUUUACAGCUUUAUACUGAUUUUUCCAGAUCAAACCAUUAUGGCACAGAGUGGAAACUUAGCAGCAAGUGAGAGUGAUGUUACAUUACAUGGUACCGGACAAGAGCUGAAAUUUGAUGAUGACCCACUGAAAGGUAAAGAUCUUACAAAUGUUAAUAGUGUAUCACCAAAAGACCUUUAACAUAUUAGAAAUUUAAGGAGAAAUGAGAUAAAAGAUACAGAAAGGAAAAGAAAACGUCAUUUGAUAACAGUCAACAUUUGAUACAUGAAGACUGAACGUUGUUACAAAUUAUCUCCACUGAAGGUGUUUUUUAUUUUUUAUCUAGUGAUAAAACGUUUUCUAAAAUUUGUGGUCGAUGAAUUCGUUUUCCUUGCGGAUUCACCAUUACAUAUUGCUCUGCAUAUGUCUCGGGGAGGGGAGAGUAUAGUUGAGUGUUUCAUUUUAUUGCCUUACUUGAGACAUUUUGCGGUAUUAUUGUGUUUGGCAAAUUUUCAUGAGGUCCAUAUGUAAUUGUGGUCUUGAAUUGUGAUACUGUGGUAUUUCUAAACAUGCGGAAUUUUUUGUGAUUGGCUCGGCGAUUUUUAGCAUGGUUGUGUCAAUUUCUUAAUUUUUCAUUGCGCUGUUACGGUGUUCCGUAUACCCCUAGCCGCUCUUUAAUCUUUUUUUCCGCAUGCGUAUACUUCUCCAACAAGACCGGCUUUGAUAGUGUGAUAUUGUGCCCAGUUGCGGUUUUAGAAAGGUUUACCAAACAAUAUUUCCAUGAUAAUUUGUUAUGCGCUUGAACCCAUCAACAGAAAUAAUUAGCAAGGCAUUUAUAACAACGGAUGUCGAAGUCCUAUGGUGCAGCCACGGCACCUUCACAUUGUAUAGUACCAUUUAUUAUUAUAAUUCUUAUAACUAUUAUAUUAUUAUUAUUAUUAUUGUUAUUAUUAUUAUUUGAAAGGGUUAUUUUAGUGUUAAUUCAAUCUUAAGUUUAUUUAGUUUUUAAAGUAAAAAAAGUGUUGUUGUUGAUGUGUUUAUAACAGCCAAUCAUCUUUAAGUAGCAAGUCAAGUCAGUCAAUAAAAGUUUUAUAACGAUGUGAGUUUACCACUUGUGUCAAAAUGAAUGGUUGUUUUGGUAACAGUGCUUAUACAAGUGAAGUUAAUAUUAAUUUAAAGCUUUUCGCCGAUUUUUCAAGAUCAAACCAUUAUGGCACAGAGUGGAAACGGAGCAGCAUGUGAGAGUGAUGUUACAUCACUUGGUACCGGACAAAAGCUGAAUUUUGAUGAUGACACACUGAACGGUAAAGAUUCUUACAACUGUUAAUAGUGUAUCACCAAAAGGCCUUUAAUAUAGCAAACUAAAGGGAAAAUGAAAUAAAAUAUACAAAAAAGACAAAAAACCGUCCUUUGAAAACAUUCAACAUACGGAAGUGGUUAAAGAGUCAAAGUCGUUAAACAGUAUCUCUACUGGAGGUGGUUUUUUUACCACUUGUGGCAAAAUGAAUGGCUGUUUUGGUACUAAUGCUUUAUAUACAAGUGAAGAUAAUGUCGAUUUACAGCUUUAUACUGAUUUUUCCAGAUCAAACCAUUAUGGCACAGAGUGGAAACGGAGCAGCAAGUGAGAGUGAUGUUACAUCACUUGGUACCGGACAAGAGCUUAACUUUGACGAUGACACACUGAAAGGUAAAGAUUCUGACAACUGUUGA